AUGGCUCAGUCUGGACAGAAACCAGUGAUUCAGCCAUGUAGAUACAAGACGGGCAAAACACUAGGCGCAGGCUCCUACUCUGUCGUCAAAGAAUGUGUUCAUAUCGAUACCGGUCGCUACUAUGCUGCCAAAGUGAUCAACAAGAGAUUGAUGGCUGGAAGAGAGCAUAUGGUUCGGAACGAGAUAGCAGUCUUGAAGAGAGUCUCUGUGGGCCACCGAAACAUCUUGACCUUGGUCGACUACUUCGAGACCAUGAACAACCUCUACCUUGUUACCGACCUGGCUCUAGGCGGAGAGCUAUUCGACCGUAUAUGUCGCAAAGGCUCAUACUACGAAUCAGAUGCUGCGGAUCUCAUCAGAGCCACACUGUCCGCUGUUGCUUAUCUACAUGACCACGGCAUUGUGCACAGAGAUUUGAAGCCUGAGAAUCUGCUCUUCAGAACUCCAGAAGAUAAUGCAGAUCUCCUUAUUGCAGACUUCGGCCUGUCCAGGAUCAUGGACGAAGAGCAAUUCCAUGUCUUGACCACGACUUGCGGCACUCCUGGAUAUAUGGCUCCGGAGAUUUUCAAGAAGACUGGACAUGGAAAGCCUGUGGACAUUUGGGCUAUUGGAGUCAUUACCUACUUUCUCCUGUGUGGCUACACCCCCUUCGACCGUGACUCUAAUUUAGAGGAAAUGCAAGCAAUCCUACAAGCUGAUUACGACUUCACACCCUACGAAUACUGGCGCAACGUAUCGAAAACUGCUCGCGACUUCAUCAACAAGUGUCUCACCGUUGACCCUCGCCAACGUAUGACCGCUCACGAGGCCUUACAACACCCUUGGAUCAACAGCGACGAUCCCAUGUCACCCGAACGACAGAAGAACGGAGACGAUCUGCUACCAAUCGUCAAAAAGAACUUCAACGCCAGAAGAACACUCCACAAAGCCAUUGACACCGUACGUGCGAUUAACAAACUGCGUGAAGGCGGUGGCCUAAUGGCUGGCAUCAUGGAGGGUCAGAUGAGCCUCGAUCCAAAACCGAAGACUGAAGAUGUGCAUGGCAGCAGAGUCAUGGACGGCUCAGGUACUCCCGUCGAUGGGGGUGCUCGAGGUGGAGGUUUACACGAUGACGAUGCCAUGGAUAUCGAUUCCAGGGGCAAUGGACACGGACAGACACAAGACCAGAUUGAGCGUCAACAGAUGAAAGUCCAGAAGCAGAUCAAUGAAACCUACCAGCGUAGUCGUGGUUUGAAAUAG